ACUAUUUGUAUAAAUACGACAUGAGCUCAUUCUCGCUUAGUUGGUGGACUCCAACGAAUAAACGUAGCAUUUAUAGUUCUGCGGUCAUUCAUUACAUAUCAUGUUGCGCCGUUGCACAUUGUCACGUAAAUCUGUUUACCAAAUAUUAAAGUUUUCCUUUGUAAAGUGCUGGCAUGGAUUGGUUAACUGCUAUUUGUAUUCGCGCAAAGCAGGUGCCUGUAUCGCAGAGAGGAUGCACGAUUUCGGCACCGAUCUCGGUGAAGAAACCGGUAUACUGGCUAUAAGUUUGAUAGCAAAUCGUAGACUACAUGCACUUGAGCGUUUUCUCUGGGUUGCCAUAGUGCUCGCAUCCAUAUUCGCCGCCUUACGUUUAAGUGGCGUUCAAGUGAGACGUUACUUACAUUCGCCGACUGUCAUCUCAGUGGAUCGAGAUUAUCGCGGUUGGCAUGGUCCAUUGCCAGCGGUAACGCUUUGCUAUUACGAUCAUAUAGAUUCAUUCAAAGCGAAUGAGUAUAUACAGGAUAACUGGAAUAUUUCCAUUGUGGAUAAUGAUUAUUUCUACUUCAUGGAUUUUCUCUAUGCAGUGGUUAAUGCGACGGCUAGCAAUUAUGCUGAUCUAGCGCGUUUCGCCGAAGACGAACGUUUCGAUAAUGUGGAUCUGGCGGAGGUGGUGCAUGCGAUCGAUAAACCUUUCGAACAAACUUUGACUAGCUUUGAUAAGAAGAAUUCAACAAUACAAAUACGACCAGUUAUGACAGAGCGUGGUUACUGUUAUGCAAUAAACUCACCUAUGUCGGAAAUCUUAGCUGGGAGAAAUAUUGAGUAUAAAGACGUUGUACAACCGCUUACCUGUGAGUAUGGCAAGCAGUCGUGCUUCAUCAAAAUGGACUUGUACGAAAGUACGGGCACGGUCGAUAUCCAUUCACCUUUUGAGGUUUCCGCAAGCGAUGCGAACAUCAUAGCCUUACACAAAUCGGAUGAGAUUACCGCUUCCUUCAAAGUGCUAGAAACGGUCGCAUCGAAUAAUUUGCGUGAUCUACAAGUGGAUCAAAGAAAGUGUGUGUUUUACGACGAAGAGACAUCGCAACUAAAGGUUUACAGCAAAACUCUAUGUUUAGUGCGUUGUCGCGCUGUUAUGGCUCUGGAAAUGUGUAACUGUGUACCGUUCUUCUAUGCUUUUGUGGAGGGUCCCAGUUGUAAUCCUGCCGGCUUCGAGUGUCUGCUCGAUUUCAAAUGGCCCAUUUGGGCUUUGCAUAUUUGCAAGUGUCCAAGUACAUGUACAGAAAUCGAAUACACUGUGCAGACAGUGAAAAAGAGCUAUUGGGGCGUUAAAAUGAAUGAUGAAAUCGCCACUACAGAUGUGGCUACAUCCAGCUUCCGUUGGGAUGUGAUACCACCGAAAGUGCGUAUGAGGCGUGAUGUCGUCUUUAGUUUUGAAGACUUACUAGUCUCAUUUGGCGGCACUUUGGCGCUGUUCUUCGGUUUUAGUCAAAUAUCUGUCGUUCGUAUUGGCUAUGUGCUCACCUAUCACGUGAUUUUGGCAAUUGUGGAGUUAUUACGUAGCUUAAAAAAUGUCUGUGGAAAGAGUUUACACAAUAUUAAACGGAAGCGAAAUGGAAAUCAAAUUUUACUGGUACAGGAAAAGUCAAAGCCUUCUUUUCGUCUUUUUAAAAAGCAUCCGCAGUUGAUCGCGAUGCAUGAGACCUUGUCAAAAGAUGAUAAUGCUAGUGAUUAUAAUGGCCCAACUGAUGUUAGUAUUGAUAAACCCGAAUUCGAGUAUGUAAACUGAGAGGAUAUGAAAAGUUGGAGCUCGUUCUCGAAGGAAGUUCUUUUGCUUUCGGCGUUGUUAUCAAAUUCUUGUUAUCUUAAUUUGUAGUGUUUGUUGCUUCAAGGGCUUUUGAAAUUUAUGUAACAAAUUUUUUACACAUAAUUGUAGCAUCUACGUUAUAUUUACGUCACAAUACUUAUUAAUAAUGGAUUAUAUUUCAUUUAUUCAGUUCAAAACCACAAAUAUGUUAAGGCUGCAAAUACACUGUGUUUAGCUGCUUUGCUCGCAAAUGAUACUUAUCUAUGGUACAUUAUCUACAAGUAUAUACUAUAUUAUUUAUACACUGAUUGAAAUAUUAAACAAUUUCAUCAUA